AUGGAGCCUGGUGGCAGCAAGGGGAGGCCUCAUGUGCAAGUCGUUUAUGUCAACAGCUUCGGCUCACACCGCUGCGGCUCUGUCAUCCGCUAUGGCAGGGGCUGUCGACAGGCUGAGGCAGGCUGCGCCGGGCCCCUGCUUUCCCAGCCGAGCCCCACGGGGGAGGCUGGGGGGCUGAGGCCUGCCCCGGCGCCAGGAGACAAGGCCGGCCCUGGGCCGCCCGCUGCUGGCGGCAGGGUGCAGGUGGUGGGGAGCCGUGGCAUGGCAAAGCCUGUCAGCUGCUGUCACGGUCACCUUCGAAAGGAUAAGGCUGACACCUUUGACUUUCCCUUCCCUUCAAGAAAUGUUGAUAAACCAAUUAAACGAAAGAAGCAAAAGUCCAAAGUCUGGCUUAAGGUCUGGAAAGUAAUUUCAAAAAUGCAAAAAGAAAAUGAAAAGUUCAGAAGUCGACUCUUGACUUGCAGUCAGUUUAAUGGAGGAGGCAAUGAUAUGAACCAAAGUUCACAGAGUGAGGCAUCCUACCUGGACAGGGAGGAAUCCAUCUUUGGCUGGGUAUAGCAAGAAAAUAAAGGAAGAUUCAACCCAAAAAGAAAUAUGAAAGUAGUGAAAAUUUUUAUUUUGAUCUAGUUCUUACUGAAGCUGGUGGCAAGACUGCGAGUGAUUUCAGUGAACACAGGUUCUCUGUGUUUUGUGCAUGUGCUUCUGCUGUUUAAGAGGUUCGUUUUACAGUGGUUUAAAUAGCUCUGUUGUAAGAUAUUUAUUGCAAGUCAUUAAGUCUAGUGUUUCACUUAGCUAUUAGUUUUCAAAAGCUUUUUAAUGAGUAUAAUAUUGUGACAGUUUGCUUGCAAAAGAAUAGAGAUACACAUUUAGCAUUGACUCUGCCUUCGUAUCUCUUUUUUCGUAGCUUGUCAGAAUCAUAAACAAACACAAAUUCAGUAAGGCAGAACUCCACACAAGAUAUAAAGAAAUGCUUUUUUUUCUUACUGAUUUGAAUAAUUUUGACUUUACUGUAUUAAAAUAAUACACAAUUACCCUUCUGUUCAUUCAUCCAUUGAUAUAUGAAUCUCAGCAAGUAUUUUGCAUAUGAAACCAGGUGAAUGUUUUCUGUCUUACUGUUCAUUGUGAAGCACAUUAUGAUAUCAUCAUAAUCAGAAGGUACUGUUUAUCUAGCUGACUUCAGUAACACAAUAUAAUUUUCUUCUGUUUUGCCGUUUCAUACUUGAACUCUUGAUCGACAAACCCUUUUAAACUAGCAAAUUGUGUAAAUGGAACAUGAAGACUGUAUAAAAAUAGUAUUUACAUGGAUUUCACCUCUGUAGAUAAAAUAUUCACCUGUCACAAUUAGACAUCCUUGGUUUCAAUAAAAGGAUUGUUUUCUCAUUGCAUCAUGUUUUAGUGUUUGCAGAGAUAAUGACUGGAAUGUCAGAGUGUUGAGCUUUAGUAACAUGCUACUGAUUGUGUCAUUAAGCAGCAAAGCAUUUGGAAGGGUUUAAUCUCUGUUUUCUUAAUAAAACUGUAAGUAUAUAAAUGGAAUGUGCUUUUUUGAUGACAGCUCUGGCAUCAGGGUUCUUUUCUGAUUUGUGGUUGAGUAAUAUUCUGAUUUUACUUAAAAUAGUUGACAUUUCAGCUUGGAAAAGGAAGUGAGAAGGCAAAGUAUUCUAUCAAGAUGUGAUCAUUUUUCUGGCAGAGCAAAAAUGUCAUAGUUCUUCGGUAUUUUCAAAAUACAUGUUUGGAGUCACACUUUUUUCUUUUUUCUUUUUUUUUUUUUGUACUAAGGGAAACUAUCUCCCUGUUCACACAGUUCUAUCAAUGAAACAUUUGCAUUAAGAGUAUUUAGUUUAUAAUCCUGGAUUGUAAAUCAUAGAGUUGUUGCUCUAAUUUUUCUUUUCUUGUGAACUACAGCUGCAAUUGGUACCUUUCCUGGCACAGACUUAAGGAGCCCUGGAAACAAAGCUUUUCUUACAGGUGCAUAAUUGCUACGUUUUCAGGAUAGAUGAGAUGCACUAACCUAAAUCUCUGAAUGAAAUUCAGCCAAUUUAUUAAGAUUCUUU